UCGUUGUAUCUCCACCGUACACGUGUGCUACUGUCGGUAUUUGGUCCGGUAAUUCACUCCUGGCGUGGAAACGGCCACAUUCGGGACGGAGUGACAGCAGAGAUCAAGGUCCGUGAGUUGAUGGAGUUUGCUGCUGAAAAUGAAGGGAUAGCGGGAGGAGAUUGCUUGAGUGGAGCUGAGGGGGCGCGGCUAAGACCCGAGUCGUGUAGGGAGGAAGUCUUAGCAGGAAUGGCGAAGGCCUGCGGUGGAGAGGAGGGGAAUGGGCUGACAGGAAUGGAGAAAACAGGGGUUGGAGGGGAAGGAAGUGGACAAAAGGAAGAGGACAUGCAAGUGGACCUGAAGGUUGUGAAGCAAGAAAUUAUAGACUGGUCAGAAAUAGAAGAAUACAAGUUAGAUGCACAGUGGGUGAAACAAGAGGUGGAGGAUGGGCCUGAGGUGAAGGAUGAGAAAGCGGACACACUGGAGGUGAAACAGGAGAUGGAUGCUAGUUUGGUGAUAAAAGAAGAGAAGAUGGAUGAACUGGAGAUAAAGGAAGAGAAAGUGAAGGUGAAGAAAGAGGUUGUGGACUGGCUAGAAGUGAAGGAGGAGAAGGAGAUUAAAUUUGAGAUAAAAAAGGAGGAGAUAUUGGGUGACCAAAACAUAAAAGAGGAGGAGAUGAUGGAUGGUGUUUGUGUAAAAGAAGAGAAGGAUAUCCUGAAAAGAGAAGUGAUGGAUGAUACAAAGGUGAAAGAAGAGCCUGAGAUCAAUCCGCCAGUGAGCUGCAAGCGGAAACUGGCCAUGUCAAGGUGUGAAACUUGUGGUACAGAAGAAGCAAAGUACAGAUGUCCGCGUUGUAUGCGAUAUUCCUGCAGUUUGCCCUGUGUAAAGAAACACAAAGCAGAAUUGACAUGUAAUGGAGUUCGAGAUAAAACUGCAUUUGUUUCAAUACAACAAUUUACUGAAAUGAAUCUUCUAAGUGAUUAUCGAUUUUUGGAAGAUGUGGCAAGAACAGCAGACUAUAUUUCUAGAGACACUUUUUUGAAAAGACCAACAGGAAAUAAACAUAUGUACUAUCUGAAAAACCGUGCCCGGAGGCAAGGUAUUUACUUAAAACUUCUGCCCAAUGGAUUUACCAAGAGAAAAGAGAAUUCAACAUUUUUUGAUAAGAAAAAUCAACAGUUUUAUUGGCAUGUGAAGCUCCUGUUUCCUCAGAGUCAAGCUGUGUACAUAGAAAAAAGAGUACCGGAUAAUAAAACUAUUAAUGACAUCCUAAGAACUUACAUUGAUCCUGAAAAGUCUGAUCCUGUAAUUCGUCAAAGGUUGAAAGCCUACAUUCGCUCUCAGACUGGUGUCCAAAUUUUAAUGAAGGUUGAAUGUGUACAGCAAAAUUUAGUAAGUUAUUAUGAACUGGAUCCUUGUAGAAGUCUCCUAGACAAUUUGAAGAACAAAGUGAUUAUUGAGUACCCAACAUUACAUGUGGUAUUGAGAGGAUCCAGUACCGACAUGAAAGUUCUUCAGCAAGUGAAAAGUGAAUCUACCAAAAACUUUGGCAGUGAAAGUUGAGCAUUUCUUCUGGAAGAAGGUGAAAAUUCCCAGACAAUUGCAGAGGACUAUGCAUUGGCUGGCUGUUGGAAGAUUGGAGUAAUGUCAGUGGGUGGUUGGAAUUUUGUAUUUGUCUGGAAAGUAAUUAACCUAAAAAAGUUUGUUUGUUUGUUUGUUUUUUGAAAAAGAUGUAUUUUCUAGCCUCUUGAAUUUACUUGUAAGGCCCUUCUUCAUAUUAAGAACCCUUUUUUGCACCUGAUCAAUAGAGGGCUCAUUAGACCCUGGCUUUUAACAUGCUUAAGUCCAUAGGCUGAAAGCUUUUUUAUUUGUUAGUUUGGUGCAAGGUCAGCUGUGUCAGCCACAAAGUUGGCAUUCUCUGCAGUGGAAGCUCACUAAACCGGAGGGCCAUGUGACAAACUGUCCAGCUGCAGGACAACUGAUCCUCACCAGUUGUCCUUUCUUGUCUUUGAGAUUUGUAUGUAACCUUUCCCUCUUGAGAUGACUGAUGGGUACUGGUAGUAGCCAGUACAGUGUCUUUGUAAAGACUUAGUAAAUACUGUUAAUGAUAAUUUCUUAUAUUUGGCUAAGAAAAUCGUUGGCUCCGCCUUCCUGUUUGAACCGUCAGUGCUAAUGAAUUUUGGCUUUUAUUCACAAAGUGAACUGUAUCUUACUAUGAAUUCUGUGCCUUUCAUUCCAUUUUCACUGCACUCUAUUACCACACAGGGGUAUUGUGAUGGCCACUUUUACGCUGUUUUGAAACGUCUAGCAAUAACUAAAGAAAAAACAUUUGGAACUCUUCAAUUUGUUAUUGGAAUGUAUAUGUGUGUAUUUACGUAUAUACAUGGUUUAAUUUAUACCUUAUGGCAGCUCUGUGUGCAUUAUGAUCUCACAUAUUGAAAUUAAAGUUUCCUAAUUUUACUGGAAUUUAUACAGUUAUGAAAUCACAAUGUGACUAUAAAAGAGUAAAAGAUUAUUACAUCUGUAUUGCAUCUGUGUAUUUAAUGGUUAAGAAAACAUUGACAACAUUGGACAUUAAAGAAAUUCAUUUUUAUUUGACAAUUGGAAUAAGUUUUAGACCAAAAAAACCAGAGGUAUUCAUUAAAGAGACCUGGAAAAAUUAGAAAUAUGAAAAGAUGAUGGGAAGAUGAGCUUAGGAGAAACUUAUAGAACAGAAAUGUAUAUAACUUGAGGUAGAAAUUGUAGAAGAAAAUCCAAAAGACAAUAUUGCAAAAAAAAAGAGAAAAAGAAGGCUUUGUAAUUUCAGAUAUAUAUAUAUAUAUAUACUAUAAAGCAACUUCAGGAAUCUUCUUUUAUGGUAAAGAAUUCAUAUAGAAUUACGUUGUUUAUAAUAUUACUGGAGAGACAAGUUAAUGGGAUUUCAGGGGAUUCAGACUUAAUCUGAAAGUGAAAUUUGUCUCUGUGAAGUAGGCAAGGAAUAGGAUGGAAUUGAAUUAAAUGUAUCACAGAGUUAUUAUUGAGAAAAGUGGGAUAAAGUACACAAAAAGAACAUGUGAUCUGAAUAUCAGGGUGGAGAGGAAUUUCCUGACAGUGAAAUCUGUUAUGAUGUAGUCUCAUUUCCAAGAAAAGUGUGGAGUUCCAUCCCUUCUAGAAUUUAAAUUGAAAACUGGACAAAAACCAAAGGAUUUAUCCUGUACUUUACCCUGUCCAUUAGGGGGAAGAAAAAACCACAUGAUAUAAUACAUCUUUGCCAUCUCUGUUUUCUAGAAUUCUAUCAGAUUUUUCAGCUAUAGACUAUUCCUUUGGAAAGAAUUUAACAAGCAGAGUUUCCUCAAAUAUAACCAUCAGCUCAUUUGAUUAAUAUGCACUUGAAUUCCCACAGGAUUUAUAGUAAACAUGUGUUUUAGUGAAUAACCAUGUUACAGGCUUGGAGGGGGUGAAACUGGAAUAAUUCACUUAGAGCCCUAGAACUUUGUCACAUUAAGAGUAGUUUGUUUCUAGAGGCCCUCUCCAUUUUUGGAUUUUUGACAAAUUCUCAUAAGUAAACAAAUUCCUUGACCCAUGUUAAGUUCAACAUCCUGCAUUUUGUUCAUGAAUCAAAUUUUUAAAGGAGAAAAGCUCCACCUGGCCACCUUUAUUUUUUAAACGGUGAUUUCAAAGGGAAUGUUGACCAUUCAUAAUUGCUAAUUAUGACAUAAGGGAUUAAUAGCCAUAAAUUACAGUAAACAAAUUUUGCAUCUGUUCCUUUUAUAAAUAUGAAUUAAAGAGAGUUACUAUAAUAGAUAUUUAAGAUUCCAAAGUGUGCCAAUUUGUUUCCUUGUAGCAAUUAGUGGGAUUCAGGUUUCACAAUGUAUAUUAAAAUGUUAAACACGUAAUGACAAUGAUUUCCCAUAUUCAUUUUGUUUAAUUUGGUUGACAUAUACUGUGUGUUGUACCUGAUUUCAUAUUACUCUUCUAAAUUUUGCACAGAGAUGCCUAGUCUAAUUUGAUCAUAUACUGCUGCAUUAAAAAGAGGUAUCAUUGAAAUUAAGUUUAUUUUAAGAUAGAUGUUGUGCACUUUCAAUUUUAAUCAACUGUCCUUCAGUUGCAGGUGACAGAAACCCAAUUCAUACCAGUGUCAGCAUGAAAGACAAUUUAUUGGCUCAUACACGGGGAGGUCCAGACAUCUUCCCAUCUCCCAUACUUUGAUGUUCUUUUUUCCAGAUUGGUUUUCUCUUCCGGGUAGACUUUCUCUUUGGGGAUGUUCCUUUUGGAGUAGGUGUCAGUGAGGUGAAGAUGGUGGGCAAUAGUGAUUGACAGUUUCAGCUUACAUCAUCACAACCAGUGACCCAAAACAACAGCAGAAAGAAAACCAAACCUGUUACUGUCGAGUCAGUUCUGGCUCCUGGUGACCCCAGGUGUUACAGGGUAGAACUAUUCCAUAGGGUUUUCUUGGCUGUAAUCUUUACAGAAGCAGGUCACCAGGUCUUUCUUACAUGGUGCCACUGAGUGAGUUCAAACCACCAACCUCUAGGUUAGUAGACAUGCACAAACCGUUUGUAUCACCCAGGAACCCCAAAAACAUGACAUCAAGCUAUAUAAAUUUUCAGGAAAGUGCUUUGAUUUUGCCCAGAUUGGAUCACAUUCCAUUCCUGAGCUGAUCAGGAGAAGAAUUCCUCCAGAGGAAGGGGAAGUUAUCAGAGAAAGGAAGGUGUAGAGAGCAGGAGAGGAAAGGUGGUUACUGAGGAGACGAAAGUAACAUGUCCACUGUACCCUGUUUGAACUUGAGUAGCAAGAGCUUUCUGAUUUGAAAUAAUGUAAAGAGUAAAAUUCAAAUUAAACCUGCAAAUCAUCAUCUUUUACUAGAGAUUUUAAUUUCUGCUUGAUACCAUUGUUGCUUUGAGUUAUAAUUAUAGACUUGGUUUCCAUUUGUGUUUGACAUCAUGUUGCUACUAGUUUGGUCAGAUGCACAUAGCACAAAGCAUCACCAAUUUAGAAACCUCUUUUUCCAGUUUCAUCAAUAUUUCAGAAAUAGUGGUUUUGAAAUUAGAGUUGUACUGGAGGAGGGGGGAUGCUUAAAAAAUAAAGACUGCUUAAAUAAAAAUAAGCCCUUAAGUAAACCUUUGGGAAUCUGCACUUCAUUGUAAAGUAUUUUAUUUCAGCUCUGGUCAGUGAAAGCUAUCUAAAGUGUGUGUACAUACGUUCUUUAAAAUGAACUAUAAUGUAAACAUUUUCCAUAUUAGAAUGUAGUAGACGGCACUCAUUUUGAACUUCACAACCAGAUGCAUCCUUUAGCCUUUGACAAGCUACUAUACAACUCUAUGAUUGCUACUUUCAUUUUCUUGCAGCAUAAAGUACCAAAACUCCUUAGCCUGGCAUUUGGUAUCCUUCGUGACUUGGCACCAACCUAAUUUUACAGCUUUUUUUCA